AUGGUGGUUGGACUGACUGGGGACAAUGGAGCACCUGUUCAGUGACGUGUGGGGACGGGUUAAAGUCUAGAUCACGUACCUGCACAAAUCCGGCACCCUCGCCUCUGGGAAAAUAUUGUGAUGGAGAUCCUAUAGAAGUUGUUUCCUGUAGGAAAAGCAAUUGUAGUCCAAAUAUAGUAUUUAAUGCCAAAGAUAUAACAAACAAAAAUCCUGACACUGGAAACACUAUUAUAUUUGGCUCUACUCUUCUUAAUGAAGGAAAUGCUUAUAAUAUAUCUACUGGAAUCUUCACUGCGCCUGUCAACGGAACGUACUCAUUUAGUUUACAAAUAUGUGCUACAUACACAAAAGAAGUCUACGCAGCUAUCAUGAUAGAUGGGACAACAUAUGCUACCUUAUAUGUUUAUGAUAAAGAUGCGCACACAUGUGAUAGUACAGAUACUGUCGCUGUUUUACAUGAACAUUCAAAAGUUUUUGUUGAUUGCAUUUCUGAUUGUAUGAGCAAUUAUAUAUAUGCAGAUUCUUGGCGUAUGAACACGUUCUCUGGAUAUCUAGUUCGGCAAUCUCUUGUUCAAAUGUCGUUAAUUUAUCAAAAUAUAGGACUCUCUGCCAUUCAGAUAGCGUCAUGUUUGGUACGUACAUGUUCUUAUGGUUAUCUAAUAAAUGAGAACAAGUUUCGUGCCAGUAGAUGGGACAAGAGCGCAAUUAACAACAGAAUGAUUGCAAUUACGUUAGGUUUUUCGAUAUACCUGCUGCUUUCCUUUCCAAAGACAUCUGACGCCUUGCAGUGUUACAAUUGUACCGACAUUGCUGACGUUGAUGAAUGUCUCACAGUGACAGAAUGCCAUGCCGGUCAGUCUUGUCACAUAGAAGUAAAAUCAACAGGACGAAGAAGCACCCUCGGAUGUACAGACAAUCAGUUAUGUGGAGUAAGUGCCAGUGGUGCCGGAAAUUUGAUCGGUCGACAGAUAAAUGGGAGACAAACUUUGGACUGCCAUGAAUGUUGUAGUAAAGAUAGAUGCAAUAAAAAUCUGUGUGCACAUUUGACACCCGGAGCAUGUAUUGAUGAUGUGAAAGUGGAUUGUGCUUUUCUAAAUAGCUUUUUCAUUAUUUGUAAGGAUAUUCAUCGAGCCAAGUUAAUCUGUCCAAAAUUCUGCUCACUGUGUUCACUUGUGGAUGGGAACUGGGCAACUUGGUCUCCGUGGUCUACAUGUGACGUCACCUGUGAAAAUGGGACACAGACAAGAACAAGACAAUGUUCCGAUCCUCCUCCAGCAAAUGGCGGACUUGAUUGCGCCGGAACACGCACUGAUAUAAAGACAUGCUUAAAACAACUUUGUCCAGUACAUGGUGGAUGGACAAAAUGGUCAAGCUGGGACGCGUGUUCUGUAACAUGUGGUGUAGGCAUAAAAAGACGACAUCGUAAUUGCUCGAACCCGAUACCAGACAGAAACGGACUACAAUGUUUCGGCGAUACAUUAGAUGAUAGAAUAUGCUUACCCGGUCCAUGCGCAAGUAGGUUUAUCUACACAUUAGAUGAUAGAAUAUGCUUACUGGGUCCAUGCGCAAGUAGGUUUCCUAAAAUUGCUUCUGUUUGUCAUGAUUUUAAUCAUGUAUGUUUAUUAAUUGACAAUUGCAAAAGGACAGAAACAGUGUCAUUAGACGGAAUGACGUUCAGGAGCAGAAUGAUUUUUCGUCUGCUUUGGGUUGCCUUAGUUUUCCAACUUUACAUUACUGGAACAGCGGGUCUACAGUGUUACAACUGUUCUAACAUAUCCAAUGUGGGCGAGUGUUUGACGAUAACGGAAUGUGGGGCAGGUCAGUCGUGUUACAUGGAGAAAAUGUCAUCUGGACAAACUGUUACCCUAGGAUGUACAGAUAACCAGCAAUGUGGUGUGACACAAGGUGUGGCCGGAAGUUUAGUUGGUAGAGGUGUUAACAAACGACAACAAUCCCAAUGUCACGAGUGCUGCAGCAUGGAUAAAUGCAAUAAGAAUCUUUGUUCUCACCUGAAACCUGGAACAUGUAUUGACGAUGCUAAAGCUGACUGUGCAUGGAUGAACACAUUUUUCAACAUAUGUCAAGAUAUUCAUCACGCAAAAUUAGUAUGUCCUAAGUUCUGCGCGCUAUGUUCAUUGGUGGAUGGAAACUGGGGAAGCUGGUCUCCAUGGUCAAUGUGUGAUGUCACCUGUGAAAACGGGACUCAAACUCGAACAAGAACUUGCACGGAUCCUGCCCCGGCACAAGGGGGUUUAGACUGUAUCGGCUCUAACAUAUCUACUAAAUCUUGCUCAAAGGAACUUUGCCCAGUGCAUGGUGGAUGGACUGCAUGGUCGAGCUGGGACGCGUGUUCUGUAACAUGUGGUGUAGGCAUAGAAAGACGACAUCGUAAUUGCUCGAACCCGAUACCCGACAGAAACGGACUUCAAUGUUUUGGCGACACUUUAGAUGUACAGAUGUGCUUUCCGGGUCCAUGUGCAAAUGGUGAUUGGACUAACUGGGGACAAUGGAGCACCUGUUCAGUGACGUGUGGAGACGGUUUAAAGUCUAGAUCACGAACCUGCACAAAUCCACCACCGUCAAUGAAUGGUCGAUAUUGUGAUGGAAUUCCCUUAGAAGAUGUUGUCUGUACAAAAAGCAGUUGUAGUCCAAAUAUAGUAUUUAAAGCCAAGAAUGUAACAAACACAAGUCCCGGCAAUGGACAAGCUAUAAUAUUUGGCUCUACACUUGUUAAUGAAGGAAAUGCUUAUAAUACAUCUACUGGAUUCUUCACUGCGCCUGUCAAUGGAACGUACUCAUUUAGUGUACAAAUUUGUUCGCACAACCAAAAAGAAGUCGUAGUAGAUCUCACAGUAGAUGGGAAUGCAUAUGCUACUCUACAUGUAUACGAUAGUAAUGAUGAGACAUGUAAUAGUGCAGAUACAGUUGCUGUUUUACAUGAACAUUCAAAAGUAUUUGUUAAAUGCACUGCUGGCUGCACCAACACUGCUAUAAAAAACCAAUGGUAUCUUGUGAACUCGUUCUCUGGAUAUCUGAUUCACCAAUACGCCUUGCAGUGUUACAAUUGUACCGACAUUGCUGACGUUGAUGAAUGUCUUACAGUGACAAAAUGCCAUGCCGGUCAGUCAUGUCAUAUAGAAGUAAAAUCCACAGGACAAAGAAGCACCCUCGGAUGUAUAGACAAUCAGCAUAUAUUUUUCAAAGUGCAUGGUGGAUGGACUAAAUGGUCGAACUGGAACGCGUGUUCUGCAACAUGUGGUGUAGGCAUAGAAAGACGACAUCGUAAUUGCUCGAACCCGAUACCAGACAGAAACGGACUUCAAUGUUUUGGCGACACUUUAGAUGAUAGAAUAUGCUUACUGCGUCCAUGUGCAAAUGGUGGUUGGACUAACUGGGGACAAUGGAGCGCCUGUUCAGUGACGUGUGGGGACGGGUUAAAGUCUAGAUCACGUUCCUGCACAAAUCCGUCACCCUCGCCUCUGGGAAAAUAUUGUGAUGGAGAUUCCUCAGAAGUUGUUUCCUGUAGGAAAAGCAGUUGUAGUCCAAAUAUAGUAUUUAAAGCCAAGAAUGUAACAAACAAAAAUCCUGGCACUGGAAACACUAUAAUAUUUGGCUCUACACUUAUUAAUGACGGAAAUGCUUAUAAUACAUCUACUGGAAUCUUCACUGCGCCUGUCAACGGAACGUACUCAUUUAGUAUACAAAUGUGCGCAAAUGUCAACAAAGAAGUCUUUGUAGAUCUCAUAGUAGAUGGGACAACAUAUGCUAUCUUAUAUGUUUAUGAUAGAUAUUCGUACCCAUGCAAUAGUGCAGAUACAUUUGCUGCUUUACAUAAGCAUUCAAAAGUAUUUGUUAAAUGCACUGAUGGUUGUACGAGCAAUUAUAUAUAUGCAGAUGUUUACCGUAUAAACUCGUUCUCUGGAUAUCUGAUUCACCAAUGUUGUGUCAACUAUAGAACUUCAACUCUUGAGCGACACAUGUCUUCUUCUGACCAUCAGAAUGCCCUUAUUGACCAACGUGGUCAGUCAGUUUUUCAAGCAUCUUUUAAGUCUGCAUUUGACAAAAAGAAAAGCUCAAUUAUUAGUGCUUUGCGUACAGUUUACUGGAUGUGUAAAGAAAAAAUUGCAACAUUGAAGUACAGUUCUCUUUUAAGCCUUCUUAAACUACAAGGUUGCCCAGAUAUUUUGACUUUGCAUUCUGGAGAUAAUGCCACCUAUGAGUCCGAGAGGGCUGCUGAAGAAUUUCAAGAUGCUUUAAAUCAUGUUAUAGAAAAUGAUAUGAAACAGAAACUAGCUUCAGCCCGCGCCGUUUCUCUAAUGUGUGAUGAGAGUGAUGAUGUUUCAGUUCAGAAAAAGUUGGUCAUAUUUGCUAGGUUUAUUCCUGAAUGCACUGACUUUCAGCCUGAAACUCAUUUUAUUGAGAAUGUUACUAUUGAUAAGGGUGAUGCUGAAACUGUGUACCAAUCAUUGAAAUCUGUGGUAAGUGAAAAGGGUAUAGAUUUUAGUAAUGUAAAGUUUUUUGGCUCAGAUGGAGCGGCAGUUAUGACUGGUAAAAAGUCUGGUGUUAGUGCUAGGCUUUCAAGUGAUCGGCCACUUAUUGUUAACAUUCACUGUAUGGCACACAAGCUAGCUUUAUGCACAAGUCAAGCAGCAGAGAUACAACCACUUAUUCAGUCAACAAUCUCACAGCUUGAACACUUAAAGCAGAAUAAUGGUCACUACAUGCAACUGUUUAACACAGCAUUGACUGAGAAUGGACUUGACUUGAGAGAUCACAGCAUCUCAGCAAGUAAAAACAAGCAAACACAUUUGAGUAACAUAAGAAGUGACUUUAUUCAAAAAAUAAUUGCUCAACUUAAUGUUAGAUUUCCACAGGAAGAUACAUCAGUUAUAAGUGCUCUGGCAGUCCUUGGUUUGAGAGGUAUAUCCUUUGUGCAGAAUAUUCCUGACCAUGGAAAGGAUGAAAUUAAUAAACUCUGUGAUUUCUAUGGUUUAAGUAAUAAUGACACAGACAGUGAACCUUACAUUGAUAGUAACCAAUUAAGGAUUGAGUGGGAAAUUUUAAAACCUCUUGUAAUUCAACAAAGGUAUCCAACUGACAAUAUAUAUAAUUUGUGGAAAUUGAUUUUUAUGUAUCACAAGGAGAUGUUUCCAAAUCUUUUAAAACUUGCUGAGCUUGCUCUUAUUGCACCCUUACAAACUGCUGACUGUGAAAGGGGUUUUUCUACCCAGAAUGAUAUUAAAUCAUCAGACAGAAAUAGAUUGUCCUCUAACAGACUGAAUAAAUUAAUGAGGAUAUCUCUGCACAAAGUUGACAUAGCUGAUUUUGAUUUUGAUAAAGCUGUAGAUGCAUGGCUAUCAGUGAAAAAUAAGAGAGCUUUCUCCAGUACAAACGCCCUGCAGUGUUACAAUUGCACCGACAUUGCUGACAUUGAUGAAUGUCUUACAAUGACAGAAUGCCAUGCCAGCCAGUCUUGUUACAUAGAAGUAAAAUCAACAGGACAACGAAGCACCCUCGGAUGUACAAACAACCAGUUAUGUGGAGUAAGUGCCAGUGGUGCCGGAAAUUUGAUCGGUCGACAGAUAAAUGGGAGACAAACUUUGGACUGCCAUGAAUGUUGUAGUAAAGAUAGAUGCAAUAAAAAUCUGUGUGCACAUUUAACACCCGGAGCAUGUAUUGAUGAUGUGAAAGUGGAUUGUGCUUUUCUAAAUAGCUUUUUCAAUAUUUGUAAGGAUAUUCAUCGAGCCAAGUUAAUCUGUGCAAAAUUCUGCUCACUGUGUUCACUUGUGGAUGGGAAUUGGGCUAGCUGGUCUCCAUGGUCUACAUGUGACGUCACCUGCGAAAAUGGGACUCAAAAAAGAACAAGACAAUGUUCCGAUCCUCCUCCAGCAAAUGGAGGACUUGACUGUACCGGAACACGCACUGAUAUUAAGACAUGCUCAAAACAACUUUGUCCAGUGCAUGGUGGAUGGACAAAAUGGUCGAGCUGGGACGCGUGUUCUGUAACAUGUGGUGUAGGUAUAGAGAGGCGGCAUCGUAAUUGCUCGAACCCGAUACCAGACAGAAGCGGACUUCAUUGUUUCGGCGACACAUUAGAUGAUAGAAUAUGCUUACCAGUUCCAUGCGCAAAUGGUGGUUGGACUGACUGGGGACAAUGGAGCACAUGUUCCGUGACUUGUGGAGAGGGCAUAAAGUCUAGAUCACGUACCUGCACAAACCCAUCACCCUCACUCAAUGGAAAAUAUUGUGAAGGGGAUUCUUUAGAAGUUGAUUCUUGUAAAAAAAUUAGAUGCAGUACACAUGUAGUAUUUAAAGCUAAGGGUGUAACGAACAGAAGUCCCGCCAUUGGAGAAACUGUAAGAUUUGGUUCUACACUCAUCAACGAAGGGAAUGCCUACAAUACGGCUACUGGAAUCUUCACUGCACCUGUUGGUGGAAUAUAUUCGUUUAGUACACAGAUUUGUGCUGUUACUAACCAUGAAAUCUCACUAGAAAUCAUAGUAGAUGGAGUACCACAUGCUAAACUAUUUGUAUAUGAUAAAGACUCGUAUCCAUGCGAUAGUACAGACACAGUUGCUGUUUUACAUAAACAAUCAAAAGUCUGGGUGAAGUUCACCUUUGGCAGUACGGCCAAUGUUACUAGUAUAUUUGAACAUAGUUAUCGUAUGAACUCGUUCUCAGGAUAUCUGGUUCACCAAUAAACUCAUCUUUGGUGCUUAAAUUUCAGGAUGCAAUUAUU